GGUAAGAAGGUUUUCGAUCCGCGGAUAAUCGUGACGGUGCGUAGGAAGAACAUCGGAUCAAAAAAGAAACAAUGCCUCUAUGCUUUCUCACAAAUAAUAUCGAGAACAACAUCCUGAUAAUAGGAAUCCAGAGCAUCCCACUCACACAGCAAUAUGAUGGACUACGAACAAAACGGAACGGAAGAGCAAUCUGCUCCCCUGCACAUGGAAUUGACCGCUGCGUCUACGACGAUUGAUGCUUCGGUGAUCCAAUCGCGGAUUCGACAGUCGGCGUCCAUCCAGAAGGAAGAUGCUGCCAUGAUGGAAGACGGCGACCAACCCAUUUUCCCAAAACUGUCCGCAGCACAAGCGUCUGGCAACAAGAUCGAGUAUCGCCGGGUGCGAUGCCCUCCGCACAGAUAUACACCCUUGCGUGAGCACUGGGAGCAGAUCUUGACUCCACUAGUGGAAUACCUAAAACUACAGGUAGGUGCAUUCAUUUUUGGUAGCUGUGUCGGUGACUAGUGUUGUCAGCCGAGAACGUUGAAGAAUACUACAAUAUUGCAGAGGAAGAAAUUAUCCAUGAGCGGAAUGUCCUUCGUGUUGUUCUUGGAAUUAAACCCUCCGGGAAGCCUCGUCGGUAUAAGGAACGAAAUGGAGCGGCCUAUGGUUGCAGUCUGAUGUAAUGAAAGCAACGAAGUGAUUUUUACAGAUUAGUUUCGUUGCGCAACAGUCUAAUAUGCGUUUUGUAUAUCAUUCUAAAUGGGUCACUAGUUUCUAACUUUUGUUCGCGCCGUCUUCAUCGCAUUCUACAGGUUCGAUUCAACACAAAAACUCGUUCCGUCGAGAUGAAAACUUCACCUCACACGCUUGACGUUGGCGGCCUGCAAAAGGGAGCAGAUUUUGUAAGCGCAUUCAUGAUGGGAUUCGAGGUCCAGGAUGCGGUAGCCCUGCUCCGUUUGGACGAUUUGUACGUGGAGAGCUUCAAUGUAACGGAUGUAAAGAUUUUGAAGGGAGACCAUUUGUCCCGUGCAGUGGGUCGUGUUGCCGGUCAAGACGGUAAGACCCGAUUUGCCAUCGAAAACGCGACGCGGACUCGAAUCGUCGUGGCAGACCAAAGGAUUCACAUGCUGGGUUCUUACGCCAAUCUCCGAGUGGCGAGAAACGCGAUUUGCGACCUGGUUCUUGGAGCUCCGCCGGGAAAAGUCUACAACAACAUGCGCAACGUGGCGAAGCGAAUGAGCGAACGAUACUAGAGAAUCAAGAGAGAUGCCCACACUCGGAAUCGAUGGAAGGCGAACAACGAUGAGCUAUCGCGGCCCCAAUGCGAUGCUUGCUUCGUCAUCUGUAUAGUAUUACAAGACAGUAACUAAGGUAAUAGACUAAUGCUAAUUCC